GUCUAUUCGUACCUCUGUGAUUUUAAAUCAAAUGCACCAGCAUUGCAUUCAGUGAUCGAUUUUCGUAAAAAACGUCAAAAUAAAUGACACACACUAGUGCACGAUUCUCAUGAAUGAAACCGUGAAACUAUUAUCAACGAUUCUAGGUCCGUUCCGCAGGGCGGAUUUAUCUCGUCAAUUUAAAUAUACCUCAGUGUGUGCCCGCGAAAUUUGCAGCCACAAUCAGUGCGUGUUCUGCAGCGUAAGUGCAAUGCCAAGAUGUUCGCAGCAAGGCUUGCGCUACUGGAACUACUGAUCCACUGCUGGUUGGUGGGGACAGUAGUCGAAAGUCAAGCCUGUUCGGAGAAACCGUGGGAAGCGGUGCACAGAAGGUUAGCUACCAAGACACCAUAUCGGCAUGUUUUGCGUGAUUGUGCCACGGAACCGAUUGACCUCGAGGGCUGUCGCAUUACCAAGACGUGGGGUUUGUUCCGACAUGGGACCCGAAAUCCAUCACGGAAGGUUAUCGAAGGGAUGAACAGUGACUUGGUUGGCAUUCGAGAUGAUAUUCUACAGCAUGGAAGGCUGUGUAGGAAGGAAUUGGAACUGUUUGAACGGUGGAAACCUAUGUUGAAGCCUGACCAGGAGAAGUUGCUGGUGGAGGAAGGAGCUGACGAAAUGCAGCAAAUCGGACGGAGGUUUAGACAACGCUUUGGUUCGGCAUUACCGAUGCAUUAUCAGAGAGAUGAUUUCUAUUUUAAGUUUACUAAAACGGAACGAGCGGAAAACAGUGCUCGAAAUUUUAGUUUCGGUUUAUUUGACAGGAUAGAAGAUAUCGUCUUUCCUGAACCGUUAUCCAAAGACCCAGUUCUGAGGUUUUACAAGCUGUGCGAGCGUUGGAAGCAGAAUAUAAAACAUAACCCGGAAGCCGUCCGGGAGGUAGACCUGUUUUACAAUAGUAAACCAAUGAAGGAGGUGAUUGGAAGGAUCUCUAGGAAGGUUGGAACGUACGUCGAUGCGGAUAGCAUUCAUUUGAUGUACCAGACGUGUGCCUUUGAGACAGCCUGGAGGAAAAGGUAUGUGUCACCGUGGUGUUUGCUUUUUGACAAAGCUUCCGUUAAGGUGUUGGAAUUUGGAGAGGAUUUGGAGUACUAUUGGAUCGAUGGUUACGGUUAUGAUUUGACGUACAAACAGGCAUGCGCUGCGUUUGGAGAUUUUUUCCACCGAUUUGACGAGGAUCUCGAACCGUAUACGUUUUAUUUUACCCAUUCUGGAACGCUGUUGAAGGCUAUGGCUUUCCUAGGAUUGUUCCACGACGAUUAUCAAUUGACGCAUAAAGAUUUCGAACGAAGGAGACAUUGGAGGGUCAGCGAAAUAGAUGCCUUCGCUACGAAUUUAGUGUUCACAAAAUUGGAAUGUACCAACGGUACUCACGUGAUGCUAACGCACCAGGAAUGUCCCGUAACGAUUCCGGGAUGUCCCCAGAAACAGGCAUUGUGUGAUUAUGACACCGUCAAACGAAUAUUCAACGAAAGGAUAGAGAAUUGCGCUUUUGAGCCGAUGUGCUCGCUUAAUGUGCCUAUUAAUGAUGAGUUGUGACUAGUAGAUGAAACGAAAGCGCAUAAUUAGAACGAGUUGUAGCAGUUUUUAGCAAAAAUAUACCAUAAUGUUACUUGCUUAGUGGCUUCGAAACAAUCUUCAAAAUAUGAAGAUUGAAAAAUGCUAA